AUGUUCAUUGCGGGUUCCGGCUUCUACCUCCAAGGCGACAAGAACCAGCUCGCGAUGGUCGUCACCGGCGUCUACAUCUUUGCGGCAUCCUACGGACCCGGAGCCGGUCCCGUUCCGUUCUCGUACUCCGCCGAGGUCUUCCCGCUUCAAGUUAGGGAGAUCGGAAUGGGUCUUGCCACCGCCAUCACCUGGUUCUUCAACUUCGUCAACGCCCUCGUCUUCCCUCUCCAAAUCCAAUCGUGGGGCUCAGGCCCGGCGUUCUACUGGUUCGGAUGCUGGAACAUCAUCCUCUGGUUCCUCGUCCUCAUGUUCUGCCCCGAGACGAAGCAAUUUACCCUCGAAGAACUCGACGAAGUCUUCAGCAUGUCCACCUCGCGCCAAGUCGCCUACGGCCUCGCAUCUCCCGCCUACUGGUUCCGCCGCUACAUCCUCCGCCAAAAGGUCCACCGCGUGCCGUUGCAUGAGUACCAUCCGUCGGAGGAGAAGGAUAGGCCGACCGUCGAGCAUCGGGAGAAGGUCUAA